GGCAUCUCUAGCCAUCAUCUCAACUUCUCUCCCUCAACGGCCCUAAAGAAAACAAAGUGGAUAUUAUCCCUACCAUUCGACUCACGGCCACACCCUUUCCUCCAACCUCAAGAAAAUAAUCUCCUGGACCUGGACGCCAAUGGAACCUCACGCUCGUUCGAACACACUCCACUCCACUGACUGAGCUUCGCCGGGAAUGGCCACACUUGUCAAGCACCUCAUCCUGUGCUCCAGCACUACCACGUCCUCCUCGGCUUCUCCGUCCCCGUCGAACCGUCGCCCGCCGUCUUCGCCCGAUGGUGCCGACAAGCGCGCCCACCUGACGCAGUCCUCCACGCGCCGGCUCGCUGUUGCCGCGUCAACGGCAAUGGUCGCGACGGCCGCACUUUCCGCCAGGCGACCCGCCGCGCCGCCCCCAGCCAUGGCGGCGGAGGCGGCCGCUGUGCGGGCACCGGCGCCCCCGGGAACAGUGCCGAGGUGGGGCACGAGGUCGUACGUCAGAGAGAGGUUCUUCGAGCCCGGGCUGACCACGGAGGAGGCCGCGGCGCGCAUCCGGCAAACGGCGGAGGGGAUGCGGACGCUUCGGCCAAUGCUGGAGACCAUGUCGUGGAAGUACGUACUGUUCUACGUGCGGCUCAAGUCCAAGUACCUCGACCUCGACCUCACCACCGCCAUGGCCGGCGUCCCCGAGCCGCGCCGCCCCGAGUACGUCCUCGUAGCUAACGAGCUCGUCGACAAUAUGACCGAGUUCGACCGGUUUGUGCGGACUCCCAAGGUGUACGAGUCGUACCUCUACUAUGAGAAGACCCUGAAGUCCCUGGAUGACGUGGCAGAGUUCCUUGGAUGAUCGUAUAUACUGUGUUCGUAGGUCUAGGAAUGUAUUCCCGUCGAUUCCUUCCGUGAAGUGUUAAUAUUUACUGAUAUACCAUAAACAUGAUUAUGUAAAUUGUCAUGUUGCUUCAGCAAAUAUGCAUGUACUAGAUGCAAAAAGUCAUUUUGGUUGACGAGCACCUGUGCGCUCGUUAUUUGGUUC